GCUCUCGGAAUGUUUGUGCUAAUCGGACUGCUGAUCGGUGCUCUCACCCUCGCCGCGUGGUGGGUGCACCAGAACUACACCUACUGGAAGCGGCGUGGGAUCCCCCACGAUCCCCACAUUCCCCUCGGGAACACCAGGGAACUCAUGCGAACGAUGCAGCUCUCGCACAUCCUCAAGCGAACCUACUUCAAGUUCAAGAACCGCACCGACGGACCCUUCGUGGGAUUCUACGUCUACGCCAAGAAGUUCGUCGUGGUCACCGACAUCGACUUCGUGAAGACCGUCCUCAUCCGCGACUUCGACAAGUUCCACGAUCGCGGGGUGUUCCACAACGAGAGGGACGAUCCGCUGACCAGCAAUCUCACCACGGUCGAGGGUCAGAAGUGGCGCACUCUCCGCCAGAAGCUGACGCCCACCUUCACCUCCGGCAAGAUGAAGAACAUGUUCCCCACAGUGCUCAACGUGGGCGAUGAACUCAUCCGGGUUUUCCAGGACAAGAUCACCACUUCCACUGAAACCCUGGAAGUCACAGAUCUCCUUUCCCGAUUCACAGCGGACGUCAUUGGCAUCUGCGCCUUCGGGCUGGAGUGCAAUAGCCUGAGGAACCCCAAGGCGGAGUUCGUGCGAAUGGGAAACUCGGCGAUCAGAGAGCGACGCCAUGGCAGACUGGUGGACCUGCUCCUCUUCGGGGCGCCCAAGCUGUCCGCCAAGCUGGGCAUCAAGAGCCUGCUGCCGGAGGUGGAGAAGUUCUACAUGGACAUAGUCAGGGACACCAUCGACUACAGGGUGAAGAACAAGGUGACCAGGAACGACUUCAUGGACAUGCUGAUCGACAUGAAGCUGAAGUUCGACGCCGGCGACAAGCAGGACGGGCUCACCUUCAACGAGAUCGCCGCCCAGGCCUUCAUAUUCUUCCUGGCCGGCUUCGAAACGAGCUCCACCACCAUGGGAUUCGCCCUGUUCGAGCUGGCCUGCAACCAGGAUGUGCAGGACAAGCUGAGAGCGGAGGUGGACUCCGUGCUGGCGAAGCACGGGGGGAAGCUGGACUACGACAGCAUGCGGGAGAUGACGUAUCUGGAGAAGGUAAUCGAUGAAACAAUGAGGAAGCAUCCAGUGGUGGCCCACUUGGUGCGCAUCGCCACCAAACCCUACGUGCACAGCAACCCGAAGUACUCCAUCGAGCCGGAGACGGGGGUGCUGGUGCCCACGCUGGGCAUCCACCACGACCCCGAGUUCUAUCCGGAGCCGGAGAAGUUCAUCCCGGAGCGCUUCGACGAGGAGCGGGUGCAGCAGCGCCCCGCCUGCACCUUCCUGCCCUUCGGGGAGGGUCCGCGCAACUGCAUCGGCCUCCGCUUCGGGCGGAUGCAGGUCGUCGUGGGCAUGGCCCUGCUGAUCCACAACUUCCGGUUCGAGCUGCACCCCACGAAGACCUCGGUUCCGAUCAAGUACAAGGUGGCCAGCAUUUUGCUGAGCGCCGAGGGCGGCAUUAACUUGAAUGUCAGCAAGAUAACGAAGCACUGAGUAUCUAAUCUUGUGCAUUAUCUAACGAUACUAAACAUUCAAUUAUAAAUAAAUUAUUUACACUGCUACCUUUUGACCCA